AUAGUCCAACUGACUUUAAACAGUGUCUGAAGAAUAUUCGCUAGUAUAGCCGCGAAGAUUUCUCAAAGUAGUACAUUUUUUUUGGUUGUUGAUCGUAAUUUUGGAAGAGAAAACCAAAAAGGUCAUCUUUUGUCAACGCUUUCACCUAUAUUGAAUAAGAACAUGAAGUCCUUAAAGUGUUGACGAUGAGUUACACAACUUUUGCAUCAAAGGAAACUCCCAGAGCCGGAGGCAAUGUCUUUUCUUCUGUACCUAACUGAGCGCAGGCCGCCUUUUGAAAAACAGAUACGAACAAAGUUGUCGGACACAACUCAAUCAAUAUUGAUUGCGCCAGCGAUGAGCACAGACAGUUAGAAGGGCCAUCUUUUUUGUUUACGCGAGGAAUCACUUCAAUCUUGCCGAAGUGUCACUGAGAUCAUUUUUCACCGAUUCAUCGACGGCGCGCGUGACAACCGUUUUCGCACUGUUCAUGAUUUGUUCUUCUGGUAGAAGACAUCGUAAUCGUUUGAAGUGUCCACCAUAAGUUUUACUGGAUUACCUUUCAUGAAGGGGAACUUUCUUUCUCUCAAGGGACUUAUUGAUUCUGUUGGUCCGUUAGAAAUCAUUUUCUUGAACUUUAAAGCAGGAUUUCUUUGACUUUGUUCUCUGUCCAGUACAGAGUUAUUAGGUCUGCUAAUCUCAGUGGAGGAUGACGAUUAAUACGGUUCACUGAAACUCAGUACACGCAAAGGUUGCCGAACUAGAGCAGUUCUUGUCGAUCCUGUCUGAUGUCCUCAAAAUUCAAUUUGUUAUAGGUGAAGAGGAUUUGACCUGCUGCUAACAUGGAAUCAUUUUAAAAUCAUUGAUCAUUUUAAUCUGAUAGGAAAUGAUUAAUCAACCCAAUUCAUUUUUAAUCAUUGAAAAAAAAAAGGAAUUUGCUCGACACAAUGGCGUCUCCAGGUGUUCCGGCGUAACUAUGUCUCUGCUGAUUGACCUGAAACCACAAAAUAUGGAUUUUUCUUUGCAUAAUUCACAGGACGGAAGGAAUUGCCUUAGCAUGAAUUAAAAGGUCUCUCUAUGAGGGUGCAGGCUUUGUAAGAAGAAUUCAAUAAAAAAUAUUAAGGUCUAAAACUUUUAUGAUGUCUUAAUAUUUAUCAUUGGAAACGAGUCAUGUACUAGAAAUGAUGCCUUCGCUUAGUGAUAGUGAAAAUAUUGCCCGAACUAUUGUGCCAGGAGUGGGAUUAUUUCAUGUGUAUCACUAUCCACCGUUUCACACUUUGGAAUAUAUUGGGUUAUGAGAGAUAUUACCAUGACUACGCAAAGCUGGAUCCACAACGGAUUGGCCUCCCGCGUUGCAGACCGCCACUCCUUCAGUGGUUACUCGUCUCCACAACUCACUCGGAGUCAGACUCGCCCCGACGUUGGUACCCGCGAACUCGGCUUAACGAGAUCACACACGGUGGGCGAGCUCCGGACACCGAAGAUCAACCUCACCGGCGUGACGGGCGAACGACCUCGGCCGGAGCUCACGAGAGCGUCCUCCUGGUGCGCGAUGCCGAACGUCUCCUCUCGCUCGAUGUCGCGGCUUUCUUCCAGUUCGACGUCGAGUCUGCCGAUAAUUUCUGCUAGUUCAUCGAGGCAAGCUGAUGCCCUCGUCAGUGCGUCAUGUGAGGGUCUGGUGCAACGUGUCUCGGCUCUUCGCAGCUUGGCGAAUAAUCCGAGAUUAAAGGUGAGAAUCGUCAACGGAUCACCCAAAAUAUCGCCGCGCCUCAAUUCGAUCACGUCGGGACGGGAAUCAACCACAUCUCAGAAAAGACCUCACCGGGAAUCAACCCGAGAAGUCGUGGUUGAGAUAUCAAAAUAUGGUUACCAUUCUCGCAGCAACUCACCCACCUACCGCCGGCUUAUCAACGCGAAGGAGCAACUCGACGUCGCGCUCUGCAAGAAAUUGCGCUCGGUCAGACAGCAGCUUGACGGACAGACAGCGCGCGAAAACUCCGCCAUGCACGAGGGACUUCGCUUGAAAAUUGACGAGCGUGGGUCGGAGGAUUGGUAUAAAGACAUGGUGAAAAGAGAAUUGGAAAAUGACGAAACUUCGGAAGUUAUUGAGAGCAUGACGAUUGCCAACAGCGAACCCCUUGCCACAUUCGAAGCGUUGGAUUUGAAGAAUCCGCGUCCCCACGUCGAUCUCAACUUCGAUAUUCGAUACAUCCAGGCCCGCAUCAACGAUUGGGAUGUUUUGAACAUUAACGUCGAGGAGGAAGAGAAGAAAAUAGAGGAAAGGCGGGAUAAGGAGAAGCGCAGACGACGCGCACCGUCGCAUUCUCCGACACAUUUCCGACGAACCUGCGAAGCGUGUUGCGUGGACGGUGUGCAUGGAAAGAACAAACAGCGUGUGGACUUCCUACGUACAAACAAAUCGCGAAGGGUUAAGUUCCGCAGACGACAGAAGAACAAUAGUGACGAUAGCUAUGAUAACGAUAGUGAUAUCGAACCCCCUAUGAUGAUGGACGAACCUGCCAUAACCCAGUCGGAUAUUUUACCGCCGCCAUCACCACCGCCUCCUACAAAACCAGUCAAAACUAAGAAAACCGUCAAGAAAGAAACACCAAAGUCGUCAAAAUCGACAAAAUCAAAGACUUCAAGUAAAGCGCCCUCUGUGGCCGAACCGGAGGAAGCGGUAGAAACUGAACCCGAAAACCGGUUACCGUUGUUACCGCCUUCGUUACCGCCAGCAUCACCUCGUCUGGAUAACCGGUCAAUAUCCGUUUCGAGCGAUCGCGAAUCGCCUGUUACCACGGUGACGAAACCACAAACGCCACCGCCGCCGGAAGAGGAAAAACCAAAAUUGACUGACAAGGAGAAGUUCCUGAUGAUGAGGAAACGAAUGGAAGAGAGACAGAGAGAGAAAUCGGAGAAGAGGGAAAAUUUUGUUGAUUAUUCUAUGAUCGCAUUCCACGGGACACGCAAGGAGAGGGCGGGGAGGGGUCAGAAAGGAUUAGGCAAGACACUCUCAAACAGAUUAGAGAGUAUGGCGUCUUUUAAAUCGAAACAAUCAGAUCAUGGAGAUGGUAAAAGGGAAAGUUUGAUGUCGAUGUUGGGAAGUGAUUACGACGAUGAUGACGACGAUGAUGAAGAUGAUGACGAUGAUGAUGAUGAUGAAGAUAAUGAUGAGGAAUAAUUAACCUAUAUAUUCGAUGACACAUUAGUAUAACAUGGGCGAGUCAGUGUACUAGCAAUUUUAAUCUAAGUCAAUACAUCGAUAAGUGUCGAUCGAUGUACAUGUUCAUGUUUAAUGGUAACCCAAUAUCGAUGUUUUUCGAAGGUCAAGUCCACCCACAACAACAACAAGAUGAUUUGAAUAACUAGAGGAAAUUAAGAAAACCUGACAUUGAAAUUUCAUUUGUACAAAAUGAAAGUUAUGACAUUCUAUAAUUACCCGUUACACUGUAUGAACACUGUUUAAAAUUUAAGAGUUGUUCAAUCUCGUCACUCUAACAAAUAUCGUUCAAAGUUAUAAACAAGUUGUUUAAGCCGUUUGAGCAAUUUCAAGAAAAAGUUGAUUAAAAGUUUAAACAACUUGUUAGAGUGACGGGCUUAAACAACGUGCUAUAUUUUACCGUGUAAUGCUCAACAUGGGUGUUGAUUGUGCACGUUGUUGGUUGCUCCUUAAAAUUACGUCAUGCACUGACUAUCAUAACAAGAGUUUAUUAAUUAAGAAAAGACAGAAAAUAAUAAAGGAUCCAACACUGAUCAAAGUCGUUUGUAAAUGAAGUUAUUUCACUUUUGGGCAAUUCCAUGAAAUAUUUAUGUCCGACCCCCUUUAAUUAUUAUGUAAGACCUUCAUGAAAUUUUCUGUCUCUGAUUUCUGAUUGUUUUGACACUCUGUAAUGCUCUCAAACGACUAUGACUUGGUCAGAUUAUGAAGUGAAGUAAGACUUGAGAAAAAAUGGGGGUCGGACGUACAAAAAGGUUGAUCAUUUUUUGGAAUUGCCCUUUUGGUUUUCGCUGAACGCUGAUUUAAUAUACAUAGUGGUCGGUGUGCGAAUUAGAGAGCCCAUAGCGUCAUAUUUCUUUUUCUAUUUUAUUACAAAGUUUCCUUCAAUGAUUUCAAAUUUGGUUUGUACCCCCUUCGAACAUAAAAUCGCCAUUGUUAUAUAUACACUUACUUGUGAAUUAGUGAAAAGAUUAUUUGAUUUGGAAUCUAUAGAAAUGAAGCAUUUUCUAUUUUGUGACAUGAAAUACAAAAGAAAUUAUGACUUAAUUUCUAUACCUCCCAUAUAGAUAUCACAGUUUGGUGAAAUUUACAACCGAUUUUGUUGCUAUCCUUGCUUGCAUUUUUUUUCAUUAUUUAUUAAAAUAGGCUCGUUUUUUUGUUGGGGUGGACUUGACCUAUAUAAAAAGGAAAUUUAGAAAUUUAAUUAUGUUAUAAUAAAUUCAAAUGUAGAUGUAUGACAAUCAAAACAAUGUCAAACUUGUUAAAAAAAGAAAACACGCAUUCCAUUUGUAUUAUUUUGUCAUUGAUAAAUUGGCGUAUAAGCU